AUGCUGAUACGUGUGUAUACCUCCAGUCGUAGUCUGUACAAGAAGGACGAUGAUGAUGAAGAUGAGGAUGGUGACGAGGAUAUGGCUAUGGACGAUGCUGCAGAUGAGACGCCCGUGGUAGACAGUUCUGUGUCACACUUUGGAGUGCACGAGGAUGCCGUGUACUGUGUGGCUGUCAGUCCGGUGGACUCGAAUAUAUCCGCGAGUGGAGGUGGUGACGACAAGGCUUAUCUGUGGCGAACCGAGAACGGCACAGUACUACACGAACUCAUUGGACAUACAGACAGCGUCACAGCUAUUGAAUUCAGUGCAG